GGAAGCAUUUUGCUCGAAUCUGUUCAAAGAAGUGUUUAAAAAAAAGUGCCAGAGAAGAUGAAGAUCAUCUUGUUGGGAUUCUGUGUGUUCAUCCUGCAGUUUAUCUCAGGAAAUGCAAAUGCCUUCGUUGAGGAAGUUUUCAAGUGGAAGAAAGUGGAAUAUGAUCAUUUCCCUGUGUCAGAAAAUACGUAUGUUGGCCCAUACAAGUAUUCUAUUCCUGAGAAUGAGAAUAUCGUCAGUAUGGGAUAUCAUCCAGCCAGUGGGCUGAUGAUUGUGGCUUUUUUGAGAAGGAGACCUGGAGUUCCAACAACUUUGGGAGCUUUCUGCGCAAGUGAAUACUCCCAUGGAUCAAGUCCAAGGAUCUGGCGAUUCCCCAACUAUCACGUUAACGAAUUCAGAGCUACUGACUUUGAAUACUUCACUGAUAUUUAUGGAAGGAAGCAGUGGAAUCCUCUUAACAAGUAUGCCUACAAUCAAUUCAACAGUGCAUUCAAUACUGGUUACAAUAACUACCAAUGGAACCUCCAACCGUAUCGCUUUAAGAAGGAUGUUUCACACAUUACCACAGGACUCCCCCUUGAAGUUCAGAGAAUCGUCGCUGUCUAUCACAUCACAAUUGAUGAGAGAUGCAACCGCGUAUUCUUUGUGGACAAUGGACAGGUGACCUACAACCACAACACAACCUACAUUAUCCAAAAGCCAGCACUUGUGGUUGUUGGGCUCCCAACAAAUGGUUGCCACCUCAGGAACUUUCCGACACUUCGUCGUGUUGAAAUCCCAGACAGAAUCACAGCCAGAGGAGCUGAUGGAUUCAUGCACGUUACCCUGGAUUACCAACCAGGAGAUUCAUGCGAUGAUCUCUUCCUCUACAUCACAAACACCUUCCACAACUACCUGACUGUUUAUGAUUACAAAAAGAAUGAUUUCUGGUCAUUUGAACAUGAAACCUUCAAUCCAAUUGCUGCUGAAUCUCACUUCGUAUUCGACAAGAGCUUCACUUACCAACUGAACAUGGGAAUUCUUUCCGUUGCUCUUGGUUAUCCAGAUCAGUAUGGCGAUAGAGUUGCCUACUAUACACCUGUUGCAGGUAUAGCCCAGUACGCUGUGUCUACUAAAGUGCUCAAGGAUAAGAGCAAAUCUGACUUUUACUACACUCCAAGUGAUUUUGCAAUUAUGGGCUAUCGUGGAUGCAACCACCAAUCCCUGAAGACAGUCAUCGACUACACAUACGGCGUAAUGUUCUACUCUGAAACCCAGUCAAACCAAAUCCGUUGCUGGAACAUCAGUCAACCCCUCAAUCCGGACAACAUUGGGGUUGUCUACGAGUCUGAGGAGCUCACAUUCGGUGCCCAAAUGUUCAUUGAUUCUCUGGGAUUCCUUUGGUUCCACUCAACGCAAAUUCCAGUUGUCUACAGCUCAGAUGUGCCCCUCAACCUGGAUCAGGUGAACACUAAAUUAUUCAGAGUACGCGUAUCUGAUGCUAUUCGUGGAACUGUCUGUGCUAAUGGGCAUCAGUAUAUCUUUUGAGCAUGAUUUUUUAUUGAAAAUUCUCUGAAUAAAGAAACGAGCAAUAAAACGAGAUAUAAUUUUUUUUCUUAAA